AUGGCCAGAUGUCAGAGCAGCCUGAUCGGGAUCCUGGUGGUCCUGUUCCUCGACCAGUGGGCCAGCGGCCAGCAGUUCCUGCCCGGUCCCAUCUCCGGUCCCAUUCCGCGCCAGCAGAGAUCGCUCUUCGGGCCGGGUCCUCCGCCCGGUUGGAGCAGCGGUGGCCUCAGCCACGGCGGCUGGAACGCUCCCAGCUUCGAGUUCAGCCACCUGCCGCCCUCCCACAGCCCGCAUGUGACCAAGGACGAGCUGCUGGCCCUGCUGGCCGCCUGGAAGGAUGUGGCCGUGAAGCCCACGACCCCGGCGCCGGAACCAGAGCCCGAGGAGCCCGAGCCCGAGCCGGAGACCACGCCAGCCCCGCCGCCGCCGCCGGAGGAUGAGGACGAGCCGGAGCCCGAGGCACCGGCACCAGAGGCUCCAGCUGGUCCACCGCCCGGCGUUCCCGUCACCGUUUCCCUGCCCGCCCUGGUGCCCAUCCAACUGGCGGCCAUGUGGCAGCAGCCGGCGCCAGGAGCAGCGGCAGGCGGAUUGGGCCCGUUGGGGCUGGGAGGAUUGGGCCUGGGCGGAGGCAUUGCGUUGAACAAUCUCGGAGGAGGAGGAGCAGCGGCAGCGGGAGCAGGAGCAGCUGCAGCUGGAGGCGGAGGAGCAGCCGCCGGAGCCGCAGCAGCCGCAGCACGAUCCGGAUUGGCCCGUCCCAGGGCUCGAGCAAGGAUCGGAGGACGUGCGUCCUCCAAUGCGCAGCCCGCCAUUCGCUUCCCGGUGGCCAAUCCGCGCAGCUUCACCUCCAACAACUACGUGGCGCCCAGGCCGCGUUACUAUCGGGAUACGGACACCAUGCGCUUCAACGUCAUGGCUCCUCCGCCCUAUCAGGUGGCCAAUGUCCAGGGCCCCGUUCAACUGGUGCCCGCCUACUGGCAAUAG